ACGGAGAGAGCGAGCGGCGAAGAAAAGGAGGAGAGAGAGGGCGGGUUUUGGAAGAACAGAGUGCUGCAGCGAAGCUAUGGCUUCUCGAGUGCUGGGUUUUGCGAUUCUCGUCUUCCUGGUGGCAGCAUUCCAGAUCUCCGCUGUGUCCUCAAUGAUCCAGGGUUCUACGGGCCGGAGCCGCCAACUUCUGGCCAAGAUAGAUUGCGCGCAGGCUUGCACCUCUCGGUGCGCGGUGGCGUCGGUUCACGACCGGUGUAUGAACUACUGCGGGAUCUGCUGCCAGAGCUGCAACUGCGUGCCGUCGGGCCACUACGGGAACAAAGACGAGUGCAGCUGCUACCGGGACAAGAAGAACAGCAAGGGGAAAGCAAAAUGCCCCUGAGCGGCAUUACAAUCAAAACCAAAGUGAGGCAAACGACUUGUGACUCUACAUUAACUAAUACAUACUAGGCUCGUUUUUUGUGCUUCUUUCCCGAGACAAAAGCUACAAAAAAGCGUUGUAUCCACCUGGAACUCUCAGCUUUUUAAAAAGUAAUCAAAUCUGGAAGUACGGAAA